UGUUAUCGGGUCUGGAGCGCUCCUCAAUUGAGAGAGAUUUCAGAGUGUAGGGGUAGCUAGCUCAAAUAGAGACGGAGAAAGAGAGAGUUAUCGGCGAAGAUGGGAGGAGGACACGGAGAGGGCAUAACAUACAAGGGAAUCACGGUGCAUCAGCCAAAGCGGUGGCACACCCUCACCGGCAAAGGCAUGUGUGCUGUGAUGUGGUUUUGGGUACUGUACAGGGCCAAGAAGGAUGGUCCUGUAGUUUUGGGUUGGAGGCACCCCUGGGACGGCCACGAUGAUCAUCAUUAGGUACCGGGAUCCUGUGGAAGAGCCAAGAGUUGAUAACAUAAAGGGCUUAUUCGGCGGGAUACUAGUGAAAGCGUAAAUGGUGCAUCUUUCUUAAUUUCCGUUUAAUAAAGUGAUUGUGAAGAAAAAUAUUGUGAUGCGAAUGGUGUUGAUGACAUCAAACUCCGUUUCGGAAUGCUAAAUUUAUGAUGCUGGUAUUGUGGUACCUUUCUGUUCC